GAUUUCCAUCAGUGGCCGCCAUGACGUCGACGCGCAAGUUCCGCUGCGAGGACUUGUUCCGGUUUAACAACGUCAACCUCGAUGUGCUGACGGAGACGUACAACAUGUCCUUCUACCUGCAGUACCUCACCAAGUGGCCCGACUACUUUCUCGUGCAGGAGGACCCGAACAAGACCAUGAUGGGCUACAUCAUGGGCAAGGCGGAAGGCAAGGCGGAGAACUGGCACGGCCACGUCACUGCAGUGACGGUCGCGCCCGAGUUUCGCCGACUUGGCCUCGCUAAAAACCUCAUGGACUAUCUUGAAAACGUCUCGAUCGAGUUGUACGACGGGUACUUUGUCGACCUCUUCGUCCGCGUCUCCAACACGCUCGCGAUCGGCAUGUAUGAGAAGUUCGGGUAUUCUGUCUAUCGGCGAGUCAUUGGAUACUACUCUGGCGACGGCGACAUGGAAGACGCCUUUGACAUGCGCAAAGCGCUGCCGCGGGACAAGGAAAAGAAAUCGAUCAUCCCGCUGCCCCAUCCGGUAUACCCCGACAGCUUGAUGGACUAAGCCACGUACAGCAAUACUUGGCGCGUGUAACAAAAUAUUGACUUAGACGUCCU